GAAACUACAAAUUUAUGUACCGAGUCCAUGGUUCCCUGAAAGUAGCAACACCUGUAGAGUGGGUAGUAACAGAGUGGUGAGGCACAUGUGCAUUGGGGUAAGGGCAGUUGCAAUUCUAUAAAACUCGAGGACUGGAUGUCUCUUUACUGAAAGGAUGUAAAGGAUUGGGGGAAGGUGCAAGAGAGGUUCACUGGGAGGCUGCAUGGAUUAGAGAGUAUUAGCUAAAAGGAUAAUUUUGGAUGUUUUCUCUGGAAAUUGAGGCGAUAGAAGCGUUAGUCUUAAACACUGGAGGGCAUGUGUUUAAAGUGGGAUGGGGGAAAGUUUAAAGGGAUUUGUGGAGAGGAGUAGUUUAACUUAAAGUGUGGAAUAUGCUGGUGAUGCAGAUAAUACCGUUUGGGGAAUUUAGGCUGGAUGUAGUAAGAAUGGGUCAGGUUCAUGUAUAGAACAUAAAACGCACGGAUGGAUACAAGCCCUUCGGCCCCACCGGUCUGUGCCCACUCUACUAGGUCCGAUUUCCAGUCCCUCCGAGCGCCACCCCUCCACUUCCUGGUGAACCAGCUUUUCCUGCUUCCUCAUCCGGGACGCGACGUCAAAAACGCUCACGCAGGUGACGUAGAAACGUCGAGGGCGGGACGAUGAUUCCAUUGGUCCCAGGCGGUGAUUGGCGGUCCGUUGCCCCGCCCCCUGUGGGAUUACAUUGUUACCGGCCGCGACGCGUCGCUCGGCUCCCGGUGAAGGUUCGGAUUUUGAGCCCGGAGCCGGUCGGCGGCGGAGUCUGUUUAGGAGACAGUGGGCGAUGUGGGUAAUUUAAAAGCCCUUAAUAAUUCGAGAAAUGAAGUAAAUUGAGACAGAGUCAGUCUCCAUUUGAAAUGGGCGGCACUCGGUAGCGGCGCCGACGAUCCCAACGGUGGAGACAGCGGAAGAUGCUGGAAACACUGGCAGGUCGGACAGCGGCUGCGAAGGGAGAAGCAGAGUGCGCGUUGUAGGUUCGUGACCCGCCGCGGAGGUGUGUGUGUGGUGGAAAAGUGAAACGUCUGAGAAUGGAAGAAAGACUGAAGCCAGCAAGUCCGAAGGUGACCUUGUACCAGCACGGCAAGCUGGGGAGAUCUCCGGUGUCAGCCCACACGGCCACGGCUUUCUCUGCAGCGUCACCCCAGCCUUCUUCACCAAAACUUAAAUCCACAUUGAAAAGAGCAGAUAAAGGAAAAGCAAACCCCCGAGAGCCAGCGGAAGUGUCUAAACCAGCUUCAGUUCAGCACUCCUUCCUAACGGACGUCUCUGAUGUGAGGGAGAUGGAAUGUGGAUUGUUACAUUUGCUCAAAGAUUUUCACUCUGGGAAGCUACAAGCUUUUGGGAAAGAGUGCUCCUUUGAACAGAUGGAGCAUGUGAGAGAGAUGCAGGAAAAAAUGGCCCAUUUACACUUCAGCCUGGAUAGCCACGUGGAGGAACUCUCUGAGGAUCAGAAAAAAGUUGUGUCAGACAGGAAUCUUGAACAGCUUCUGAUCAACAGAUUUUCUGAAACGCCCUCCAGAGUGUGUAAAUUUGAAAACGCCGAUUGUGCAGAGCAGUGUGGACAAGUUGGAAGAACUUAGUACCUCAAUACAAAAACUACACUUGGCAGAAAAUCAAGAACUGCCAAAAAAUGAAGAGUUGAAAUCAUCUCCUACCUAGAAGUGGUUGAAAGUGAGACCCAAGGGAAGGUGGCCCACACUGCUCAGUGAAAGCCCCCCUUCAAGAGCAAGAUAUGUAACAGCAACUUCCUGUUUUGUUUAAGCAUGGGAGCCCGAUUUUACAACUAACUGCUCAGAUUCUACGACAUGUAUAUAUUUAAUUGACUUUCUCUCCUGCCUGUAAGAUUGUAGACACUGACUGCUUUCUGUGUUUUGAGCGUAGACAGUAAUUUUCAGUAGGUGAGCUGUCCCGUAUCUAAUUCUGCAGUGAGGAGGCGCAGAACUGUCCAGCACGAAGACAGGGCUUUCAGCCACCAUUGUGCCUAUCUAUACUACUGCUAUUUGCCUACACUAGGUCUGUAUCUUUUUAAGCCUUGCCUAUUCAAGUGCCUGUCAAAAUAUCUGCCUCCAACAUCUCCUCUGCAAUUAACCAUGGUGUGGGAAAACUUUCUCCUCCGAUCACUUUUAAAUUUCCCCCCUUUAACCUUAAAGAGAUUGUAAAUGCUGGAAUUGGGAUGAAAAUUAUGAUAAACAAAGUUAAGGUAGGUAAUCGGUCUUUUUUCUUUUCGGGGCAAAAAUAUCAAAUACUGAAGGGCUUAGCUUUAAAGUCCAUAUUCCUAAACCUUCCUUAUCCAUCUACCCGUAUGGAAGUCUUUUAGACACUGCAAUUGUACUUGCCUCUACCACUUCCUCCGGCAGCUCGUUCCACAUAUCAAACAUCCUGUGAAAAUAGUUGCCCCUCAUGUCACUUUUAAAUCUUUCACUUCUCAUGCUAAAUCUGGUUGUAGACUUCCCCAUUCUGGGAAUAAUUUGCAAUGACCAAUUAACGUACCAACAUGUACAUCUUCGGAAUGUGGGAGGAAACCGGAGCCACCCAGAGGAAACCCACCAGGAGAACGUACAAACUCCUUAUAGACAGCGGUGGAAAUGAAUCCCGAACAGCAAGCUUUAGUGCAUUUUACUGUCCACUGAGCUAUUUGCAUCUUGUCUUUAACCUCGAAGGUCAGUCCUUGGCAUGGUUUCCUCUAAGCUGCAUAGGUACGUGGCCACACGGUAACUAAAUGCUCCCGUAAACAUAGUCUUUCCCACAGCUGGAGUUUUCUUUCAUAUCAUGUUUUAUUAAAGUGCUGCACAGUUUCAGGCCAUGUAAAAAAUUUCCUGCUCAGAGCAAUGUUUGGUACGUGCAUGUUUUUUUUAAAAAAAGGGAAUGUUGGUCCUCAGCCUCCUUCAUUCCAAGGGAGAACAGACACAGCUUGUCCAGUCUUACUUUAUAACUCAAGCCCUUCAUUUCUGACAGGUUUUCUAAACCCUCUCUGGUUUAGUCACAUUGUUCCUUUAGUAUAAAAUGAGAACUGUGCACAAUAGUUCAGCUAUGGUCUCACCAAUGUCUUGUUCAGCUGUAACAUGACAUCACAACUCAGUGCCCUUAACCAUCAAGGUGAGCAGACGAUAUGCUCACUUCACCCCCCCCCCGACCCCCAGUCAAUGUAUGUAACCACUUUUGGUGAACUAUACACCUAUACCCCUGGGUCUCUCUGUUCUACAACACACCGUGGGCCACUCCAUACAUGUACUCCUUGUUCUCUCUGGGCCACUAUGUACUUGUACCCCUGGGUCUCUCUGUUCUACAACACACCCCAGGGCCCUGUCCUUACUGUCCUUCAAGUCCUGGCCUUUUUAACUUCCCAAAAUGCAUCACUUUGGGCUUUUCUAAAUUAAAUUCUAUCUGCCAUCCCUUUUCCCAUUUUCGCAGUUGGUCUAGAUUCUGUUGUAACUUUAGGUAACCUGUUUCGCUGUCUACCACACCACCAAUUUAGGUGCAAUCUGCAAACUUGCUAAUUAUUCUUAGUAAAUUGUUAAUACAUCAUGAAGAACAGAUCUCUACUCUGAAAAACAAUCCUCCACUAUCACCUUUUGACUCCAGUCAGGGACGAAAUGGAGGAGGAUUUGGGGGCACAUGCUACAACAGGUUUGGAGUAAGAACUGUUCCAUAUAGCCAGAUGUAUGUUAGUGAUAUUAACUUGAUUCUGAUUUAGAGCCAACAAAAAGGCAGGCCAAGCUAUGGCCCAUAGCUACCUCUUAAAUAUGAAAAAAGUGGAGGAAUUAAAAUGAGUUAUUAAGGGUAAGUGUAAAUUCUGUGAAGUUGCUGAGAGUGUUGGUAGAGGGGCAGUGGUUGGGACUGACUUAAGAUCUUGAUGGGGGAUGCUGGUGUACAGAGACUGAGAAAAAUGCUCUGGUUGGGAAAAUGAUACAAGGCACGAAUGGUGUUCUGGAUACAAGUGGAGAAACGUCUGGACCAGGAGAGAUAGUAUUGAGUCCAGGCAAAAGAAACAAAUUCAGUGGGGCAACAUCAGGUAGAAACAGUACACUAUGGGCAAUUCUUGUUAAUGAUCUUUUACCUAGUUAAGGGAUAAAAGUAUACCUAUGCUCUCUUGUUUGAAGAAAGAUUCUUUAUGUGCCUCUGAUAACUUUAUAUACCUCUAUCAGGUCAAUCCUUGGCCUCCUUUGUUCUAGGGAAAUCAAGCCCUGCCUAUCAAAUCUCUCCCCGCUACCAACACUCUCCAGUCCAUGCCACAUCUUGGUGAGCCUCCUCUGCAUUCUCUCAGACACUAUCACUUCCUUCCUAUAGUAUGCACAACAAUCACUUCCUUCCAACUGCACAUAGUAUUCCCAAGUGCAGUCUAAGCAAAGUUCUGUAAGUCUACAACAUGACAUCCCAAUGUUAAUAUUCUACACCCUGCCAACAAAGGUAAGCAUGCCAUCACCAUGUGUAUCCUAAUUAACAGGGCUUCCAUUUCCCAAGAUCAAGUGCAGUUGUCGUGGAUGGAGUUACUGAUGGUUUAGUUCCAGAGUUUAGAUUAUUUACAAAGUACUGUGCCAUUCUGAGCUGGUGUCUACUGGUUCGUUCCAUUUCAAAGAGCUAUAUGAAAAUUGGAUGGAGGAAAAUUAAAAUAGAAAAUAGUUUCUGUAGUGAACAUCUGGAAAAUGUACAAAGUACAUAGCUACAAGAGGACAAUUUUCAGUGGUGGGUAAACCCCAGACUCUCUAUUGUCCUCAAGAGUUUUCAUUGCUGAGCCCUUUCAGAAAUCUCUGAAUAUGUAACUGAAUGACAGAGCAUUUAAGAAAUGUUGGUAAGUUGAAAACUCCUGCUCUUGGGGGUUUUAUUCCAGGUUUGUGUGUUUGCAGAGAGUAAUGUUAGCAAAUCCAGAACUAUGAUGAUUUUGUCAAGCCUGCAUUUGUGUAAAAUGUAUCAUGGUGCGUAAGGUGAUUUUUGUGAAACUGUGCUUAAAUGUUUUAAAAAUUCCAUGAAAUUGCUUUAAGUAUUAUCAUUCUUUACCUCACAUUGUCUAGGACUCAGUUCCACAUUUUCACCUUGUAGGUUUAUAAAGUUAUGAGUUUUGUACUAAAAUUUAUACAAAUUUUGCUACUAGAAAAUGACUUAGAAAAACAGUAAGUUACUGAUUGCAAUUGUUAUCCAUUUAUGUGAAUCUAAUGUAAACUCUCUUGGAUAUAAUUAAUAUUAAAUGUUGU